AGUAAGAACCCGGUGAAGUGUGUGAUUAUUUUGGAUAAUUUACAUUACACACUGUAUGUAGUUCAUUAUUACUACACUUAACAGGCCCAAGACAUCGUUGGGAUGUUUCUUGGUGUAGUAUGACGCUGCUCCAAUCCAGCUCGCCUCGGGAUGCCAAGUUGUUGCUAUCAUAGUGUGUCUUCUGAGCUAAGCUUUUUCUUGCAUACCCCCAAAAAGAAUAUACAGAUAAACGUGUUAUUAUUUACUUGUUCACUGCAUUUAUGUUUUAUGCACAUUCGCAAUGUUGUGAUUAUGGCGAUGAGUGCGUUCAUGACCAUUCCCGGCUGCAGAUCUAUUUCCGCAUACGUCAACGCUUUUGUAAUUGUUGCGCAAUCGCCACACUUGCUUCGACGCGCUUCACUAAAUGUUGCUGAAUUCGUACCGAAUGAACCCACUGCAUCCGCGACGACGUAUUACGCCCAUCACUACUUCGCUGGACUAAAACAUCAAUUCUUAAAUGUUCGUGUCCGGCUCAACUCGUCUCGGUGCACGUCGAAGCUUCGCGGCCUGACUUUAGCCUAGCUUAGCUUUUUUUCUUUAGCUGCUAACAAAAGGGACGCGUUUGUGAUCAACACGGCGCGAAGUGUUGUCAUUGUCGCGUGAAAAUGUGUGCGAGGAGGACAGCUGAGUACGAGGAGGAACUUUGCGGAACAAAUGAGGACGGAAGACAACGUCAGCCACUGGACGCUGUUUGCAAGAAGCUUCCAGUUGGUUUACGCACAGAUGUCAGUGAAGCUCUUCGUCCUGAGUGGCAGGAGCCACAGUCCCCUCACGUUAAAGAGGAAGAGGAGCAGGAGUCUUGCGCCAUCAAAAAGGAGGAGCAAGAGUUCCUGAACAUUAAAGAGGAAGAGCAGGAGUUUAUCAUCAAGGUUCCAUUGACUGGUAUCUAUUUGAAAGGUGAAAAUGAAGGUAAAGGUCAAAGUGUGACGAACAGAGCGGCAGAGCCUCCAAGCAGUAGUUCAAGUCAACACACGACAACACAAGGUGAAGGAGUCCAAUGUGUGGAAUCAGCAGCAGACGGGCUCAUAGCUCCACUAUCAGAUAGUGACGGCACAACGUCACACUCUCUUCACGAUGAUGAUGAACAGUCUGAGGGUCAUAAGACAGAUCACACAAACAACAAACGCUGGAAAUGUUCACAGUGUGAGAAAAGCUUUGGGUAUAAGAGCCAUUUGAAAAGUCACAUGAUUAGCCACACUGGGGAGAAACCUUUUGCCUGCUCGCUUUGCGCUAAAAGAUUCUCUGAUAAGGGAAAAUUAACAAGUCACACAAGAACACACACUGGAGAGAAACCUUUUGCCUGCUCAGUUUGUGGUAAAAAAUUCUCUUGGGAGGGCAAUUUGAGAAAACAUACAAGAACACACACUGGUGAAAGACCUUUUCCCUGCUCAGUUUGUGGUCUUAGCUUCACUGAUAAGGGAAAAUUAAUAAUACACACGAGAACACACACUGGAGAGAGACCCUUUGCCUGCUCAGUUUGUGGGCAAAGAUUCAGUGAUAAGAUAUACUUGAAAAGUCACACAAGAACACAUACUGGUGAGAAACCUUUUUCCUGCACAGUUUGUGGUCAAAGUUUCUCUGAAAGGGGAACAUUGAAAAGACACACAAGAACACAUACUGGUGAAAAACCAUUUACCUGCUCAGUUUGUGAUCAAAGUUUCUCUGAAAGGGGAACCUUAAAAAGACACACAAGAAAACACACUGGAGAGAAACCUUUUGCCUGCUCCAUCUGUGGCAAAAGAGUCAAACGAAGACACACUUUGACAGCACAUAUAAAAAGGCACACUGGAGAGAAACUUUUAACCUGCUCAGUUUGUGGUCAAAGAUUUGCUUAUGAAAAUCUGUAUAAGAAUCACAAGUGUGCUGGUGAAUAUAGCACAGAUCAAUGAAAGAUAGAUGUUUGUAAACUCAGGGCAUUGACUCGAUCGCAACUGAACUGAUCUGGUUUUCUCAGAUUAUGUUUCUCCUGUCGUCUGAGCAGGCUGCAUCAGUUCAUGCACCAAAACUAGCAAGUCUCUCUUCGGACUUGAACUGUCCUAUCUAGCCCGUGUGCACGUACAGCGUAUUCCAGAAGAGUACAGUUGCGAUCGAUUUCAGGCCCAGACAAUGAAAUGACCUGGAUGGAUGCAAAUAGUCACAGGCAUGUUUAAUCUUGAAACUGAUGAUGAUGACACAGAUUUUCAACAUUUUACAUUUUUGUAUUCUUAUUCUGUUUACUUUCUUGUGUUUUAUAUAUCGUCUUAUAUUCUAUGUACCCUCUUAAAAGCCUCCUGUGGGCAAGUAUUGAGAAUUAGCACUUGUGUUAAAACCCUUAACGCAAUGUAUCUGCAUUGCCCAAUCUUUUUGUUUUGUGAUGUGCAUACCAAAUAAUAAUUAAAACAAAUGGUUGACUAAAA